GAAACAUUGAAAGAAAGACCCCAGCUGUCCAAACCGUGGUUUUCAUCACGAUUUUCACUAGUCAAAUCCACUUUUAACAAACAUUGACUCUUUUCCCUGUCAAAUUGUAGACAUCUGUUUGUUUAUGUGGGGGUGUGUCAAAAGGGCUGGGACUGAAUUGGGCGCUGAUGCAGGAAGUGACUUUGUACAUGUAACGUUAUCUCUCUUCUGCAAAAUCUCGUACUUUCUUUCUGCAAACUUCGCAGGAUCCUCCAAACUUAAACGACCGCAAGAAUGCUCCCAUUUCAGGCUGCGCCGGGGCAAUUUCGUGAAGAGGUGAGACAGGCUGGACUCAGGUGUUGGCGAGUGGAAAAGAUGAAGGCUGUUCCCCUGAAUACUGCAGAGGUUGGGGCUUUCUUCAACGGUGACUCGUACCUUGUGCUGGAUAACCGGGGUGACCAGGGAGCAGACCUCCACAUGUGGAUUGGUGAGAAAUCCUCUCGUGAUGAGCAGGUGGCCUGUGCCAUGUUGGCCACACAGUUGGAUAACUUCCUGAGCGGAGAUCCUGUCCAGCACAGACAGGUUCAAGGCUAUGAAUCCCCAGAAUUCAUGAACCUCUUUCCCCGAGGAGUGAGCUACAAGGAGGGAGGUGUUGAGUCUGGCUUUCGGAGAGCACAAUCUGGAUCUGGUCCUAUUCAGAGAUUAUAUCAGAUCAAAGGAAAACGAAACAUCAGAGCCAAGGAAGUGGAACUCAGCUGGGAGAGCUUUAACAAAGGAGACUGUUUCAUACUAGACCUCGGCGAGACGAUUGUGUCGUGGAUUGGCUCUCAGGCAAACAUCUUUGAGAAGCAAAAGGUGAGGGAGAUUGCCACUUUUAUAAGGGACACAGAUAGACACGGCAAAGCUCAGAUCACUAACAUCAAUGAAGGAGAAGAAACCCAGGAGAUGUUAAAGGUUCUCGGUCCAAAGCCAGAGCUGAAAGAGAGCACUCCAGAAGAAGACAGCAAAGCAGAUGCAUCAAACUCCGCCUCGCUUUACAAGGUUUCAGAUGCAACAGGGUCAAUGAAGUUGACCAAGGUGUCCGAAAAAAGUCCAUUUGCCAAGGACUUGCUCGUACGUGAUGACUGCUUUAUCCUGGACAAUGGGGCCAAUGGAAAGAUCUUUGUUUGGAAAGGUAGAGAAGCUAAUGCAGAAGAGAAGAGGGCAGCUCUGAAGAUGGCAGAUGAUUUUAUUAGUCAAAUGAAUUACCCCAAAAUGAAAACACAGGUGGAGAUUUUGCCACAGGGCAGAGAGACUGUUAUCUUCAAACAAUUUUUCCAAAACUGGAAUUAAAUCACCUUUUUGCAAUGCAUAAUCCAAGAAUAAACCUUUUCCAACCAGUAAUCAAAGAGAGACAUGCAAUUGACUAAAAUAAAGAGUGUAACAUUAUAUACAUAUGUACAGUUUUAUUAAAUAAAGGAUCAGGAUUUAUUCAAGGAGAGUUGCAGUAACGCAACAGUAAUACAGGCUUUGGCAUUUGCUAACAUUUUUACUUUAAAAGGCUGUUUAUAUUACAUGAAUACACAUCUUUUUUUUGAUUGAGAAAGUCAAGUCUGUUACAACCCUACUAACCACAAACCCCUGAGAUCUCAAUCGUACUUACAAAAUAAUGUUUCAAACCAGUUUUCAAGCCAAUAUGCUUUUUCGCAAAUCCUGUGUAAACAUUUUUUUUACUCAUUUUGUGUAUGGAACUACAGCAUGGCAAUAAAAAUGUAAGCGCAACCACAGAGAAAAGAA